UGUAAGGGUAGAAGAGAAACAUCCAAAUGUUCCUCCAUUUUAUGUUUCGCAAUUUUUACAUAUCGUUAUUUAGUUGCUAAUGUAGAGUACAAAUAAUCAAUUUAUAAACAUAAUCGUGAUGAUAGUACGUAAGCGGAUUAAUAUAUGUCUACCCCCAUGUGGUGAUUUCUAUUGUCAUAACUAUGACAAAGUAUGUAAAGUGUUUAUAACGAAAAAACAACACCUAUAAUCGAUAUUGUCACAAAAUCGCCGGAUGCACUACCAGACUUAGAUGAUCUAUUGCAAUGUCCUGUUUGCUACGAAAUUCCUUCUGGUCAAAUUUUCCAGUGUAAUGAAGGUCACCAUGUGUGUGGCCGUUGUAAAGCCCGCCUCGAUGUAUGUCCUGUCUGCCGGGCCCUGUUUUUUGGAACUCGUAAUUAUGCUAUGGAAGAACUUAUUGCCAAUGUUAGAAAACUGAGAGCCUUUAAAUUAGGUGGAAAAGUAACAACUGGCACUGGGUCAUCUGAAUGCAGAACUCCUGCCAAAGAGACUACAUCUGAUGAGUCAGAAUCGAAUGCAGCAGAUGAUGAAGAAAAUGAUCUCCAACUUUCAAAUCGACUCACAUUGAGGCCCCCUCCGGCAUGUAAAGGUCUUUUCCGUUGCCUAUGUUGUAAAAAUGGUAAUGCGGAAAGACUUCCUGCUGCCCGUUUGCUCAACCAUCUCCGCUACUUUCAUUCUUCCGAUCUUAUUGAGGGUCAAUCUGAAAAUGGAGAGUAUCUCCAAGCUUGGCAAUUUUCAACAGUUCCUGGAAAACUUGUUACUGCAGUCAGAGUGUCUGACAUGGGUAUAUUUUUUCUAACGAUAGAAAUUACAAAUGAUGCUGUAUGUGCAUGGCUCACAAUGGCGGCCUCACCUUGGGUAUCCCAUGAAUUUUCUUAUACAGUAACAAUAUCUGGAAAUGAUCGUGAAGCAAUUUUUUCUGACUGUGUAUGGUCUGUGCGUUCAUGUGAAGGCUCACUGAAAAAGCGCGGACAUUGUCUGUCAGUGACUGGACGAGACGCGCGCGCUUUGACUGCGCCAGUCGCAAUCAGCGGCAAGCUCUCGGUGCGCCGCACCCCGGUGGACCAACUGACGCAACAACCGCAGCCACGCGCCGUAUUACGCGUCGCCAACCGCGGCAACGCAAACGACACACACACACACAACUCGGCGGCACACGAUCUUGAACCUUUUCUACAAGAUUUGCAAAACGACGUUGCGAGGCUUUCUCGCGCAUUUGCCACACUAGGGCGUGAGGCUAAUGCCUUAGUGCGUUCCGAAGCAGAAAUGCGCGUCAGAAUCGAAAACACCCAAAAUAGACAAAAUACAAUGCCAACCCAAAAUUCAAUAGCGAUCGCUGAAAUAAAUGUUCAGCCAACACGGGACAAUCCUUCUCCAAGUACAGAACGUACACAUUUGUCCCGCAAUGCACGCAGGCGCAUGCGACAACGUUUGAGAGCAGCGCUUAACGCGUCGCCCUCUCCACCCGAGCAGACACCGGUGUCUACUCUGCACCAAAGAAACAAUCAACCCGUUCCUGUACAACGACAAAAUGGUCCUCCCACUGAUGAUAGUGUAGUACAUAUGACUGGGUUGGCUAUAGUGGAACCUUCCAUUUUGACUGCACCUGCCACACAGUCGACUGGUGGACCCUCCAAUCAUAACCCACAAAAUACUAAUGCACGCACUAAUAAGAAGAAGCGUCGUCAUCGCAGAUAAAACUGUUAUUGUAGGCUAGGUAUCGUUUAAAUAAUUAGAAUCAAUGUAAUAAGUUUAUUACGGUAAAUGCUGUUCAUUGAUUGCUCUUAUAUCGAGUCUCAGAACCUUUUCUCUGGAGGGUUCUUGUUGUGAAUUUUUUUACCUAGUAAAGCUUUUUUAUUUGACAACUGCAAUUUUUACAAGUGCUGUGAUACCUAUUAACUCAUUGAAUAAUGAGGCAAUACAAAUGUAUAUGGUAAUUGAAUGUUUUAGCCCUUAACCCUCCCAAUAUUUAAUGUGAUGAUAGCUGACUUUUAUGAAAUUGUUAUUAGGAUAUUUCAGUUAAUGAGAAGCAUUUUUUGAAUUAUUUUUGACUAUCUGUUAAUUAAUUAGUAUUAUGAAAUUCAUGAUGUGCUUGAUUUUAAACAAUGUAAUCGUGAAUGCUGUUGUAAGACUUAUUGUUAUUAUGAGUUAUGACGUUAAAUAUGUUUUCUUGACAAAGGAAUACUUACAUAAUUAUAAGAAUAAGAUAAUUACAAACAUUGUUUUUUUUUAAAUAUUUAUUUUGAGAAAAGACUAAGGUUAUUUUGUUGAGGAAUUAUGAAUGUCGAAACGCUACUCUUUACUGUCAAAAGCCUACUAAAAACACCAUUGAAAUUAUUGUGCUGUUUUUGAGACUUAAGUGUGAUACUUGAAAUGAAAGCAAAA